AUGAUUAUCCGGCCAUCCCAGCAAGCUUUGAGAAGCUUGCUUUCAAGACGAGGCGCAUCAUUUUUAAGAAGAUCUUAUUCAAACGUUUCCGGUAAUAGCCAGACCAGAUUCACAUAUGCUCUACCGGCAGAUACAAAAGUCAACUAUGGGGAGCUCUUUGAGCAACUGAGAGGCAAGAAAGCCUUGGAAAAUGCCGACGGCCACAACGCAGCAGUGCUCCUCACAACGCCAGACUUUGCCAAAGACUUGGAAGAUGCAAACAUCAUGGGAGAAUUUGCUAGACUGAUGGCUGGCUCUGCUGACGUGGGGAGAUUCCAUGUGCUAAGCGCAGUGGUCGACCAUCUGGCAGGCCCGAUAGGUUCACUCAGACCUUUCCAGGGGGUAUCAGUCUUACGAGGUCAUUUAAACGACAUGCUGCCGCAAUUGUGGCAGCAGUCGCCGCCAAAAUCCAAGGACGAUGCAGAUUCAGUGUCUGCCUUGACAUUUAGCCUGGGGGAUCCCGCAUUAACGCUGCCUCUGGCUAGAACUACAUUCCACAACAACAGAGCAUCUACACUUUUGUCGUCUGAGUUUGACUUGACUCGAAGCACCACUCAUCUCGCUCGCCAAACAGAAAAGCACUCACAAUUUGUGAGAGUCGCGCUAGAUGACGAUCUUGAAUCAUUAGCCCAUCUCGAUAUGUGGACACCCCUGAUGCCAUUGACGCAGCCCCGAACUGUGACUGAGAGCUUCGGCAACAUCAUUCGAGGAAUUGAAGUUGACGGUACCACAAUCCCAGCUUCUACUGAGCUGGAAGACAUUGUGAAUGCCCUCCACAAGCAGAACACCCAGUCUGGAGUUUUAUCUGGCCCAGUUGGGGUCUGGGCAAUGGUUAUUCCUAAUCCAGAGACUUCAGGCGCCUUGGAAGAUUGGCUCGAGGAAGCUCCUGAGCCAAUAUCAGUGCUGCCAGACGUCGAUGACAUCAGAGAUACCGUAAAAGCCACCGGCCAGCAUCUCAAAAAGCUUUAUAGCCAUGGCGGCCGUCUGUACAAGAUUUUGAGCGGCGGUGGUGGUUGGGGAGCUAAAAAGGGAUUAUUAUCCCUUGACCCUCAACGAACGCACUUUUCCCUGUCGGAAGAGGAAGAGAUGCAGAACUUUAUACAAUCGAUGAGCGGCGGCGGCUUCACUCCCCAGGGCUCACAGAUCCAGUUCUUCAUGUCUGCACCAGCCCUUCCGGACAUUACGGAACCCUUUGUUCCUGGCGUAGCUUUCGGCGUUUCCGGAGACGUCGCGGUUCCCAGAGAUCCGGAGCCGAUCCAGGGCUUCAUCGGACAGCAUUUCGGCGCUCUUUCGAAUUCGGCCAUCUAUCUCUCUGGCCAAGGCUUGCCCAGCGGCAAGGAGACAAAGCUGAGCGUCCCCCAUUCGAGGGUAUAUGGGAGGGAGCCUGAGACGAAGCCGGUCAUCCUAUCUAAUAGUUGUAUAUAUCACCUCUCAUCAUCAUAA